AUAUUAAAAGGUAUUAAACAUUUUUGGAAACAUAAAAAUGAUGAAGAUAAAGAGAGUGUAUUAUUACAAAAUUCUAUUUUAUUAACACAUCCAACAUUUUUAUCAUUACUACAAGUCUGUUUACCAGAUGCAGAUUUUCUUAUUGAUUCAUUAUAUGAACAAAUUGAAUAUUUCAUCCUAAAUGCACGUAAUAUUGCUGAUCGUGUACCGGAUAAUUUACGUACACGUCAAAUUGUACAACAAUGUUUAAAGUAUCGUUUAAUUUUAAUUGGACAAAAAUUUCAAUCUAUUCAAUCCGACACAGAUAUUUGUUCACGUUGGGCUAUUUUAUUAGCACAAUUAAUUAGUCAUGGUGUUACAGAACCCGAGUCAAAUUCAUCUUUAUUUUUUAUGGUUUAUGAUAUGUUACAAAUAUUAAUACAUACAUUAGCAGCACGUUCUGGUAUUGAAGGAAAACAUUAUCAAUCUGUGGCAAAAAAAAUACGUCGUGAAUUAUCUGAACGUCCACCUUGUUCUGGUAUUGAAUAUUUACGUCCAUUGUUAUUACUUACUAAAGGUUCAUUGACAGUUUUUGUCACUGGACGUCAAUCACGUGUUGGAUCACGUGGUGGUUCAUCGAAUAUCAGUGGAGGAUCACUUGGUACAGGGGGUGGUGGUGGUGGUUUAGGUACUGGAGGUGCUGGAGGAGGUGGUAGUGGUGGACCGGGUGGUGUUGGUUCCGGAGGCGGUAAUAGUAGCAAUAAAUCAAGUCAUUCUAAAGGUUCUGGUAAAGCUGGGAAUAGUUUACUAUUAUCCGGUGGAUCACGAUUUCUCAAUUCAUCAUCUAAUUCUAUGCAUCAUCAAGGUGGUAGUGGUGGUGUUGGUCUUGGCAAUGGUGGUCAACUUAAAAAACCUGGUUAUCAACUAUUAGGCAAAGAACGUUUCAAUCCAUGGGAAAUUUAUGAUCCAAGUAAACAACCUUUGUUAUUAUCAAUUCAUGGUGCAGUAAAUACUGAAUCUGUAUUGUCACGUAUUGAAGAACAAGCAAAUCGUUUAAUACGUCAUGAUCAUUUUCAUCGAAUGUCUCGUCCACCGGAAUUUUAUAUGGUUCCUAUUUAUCCACCAACUGUUGAUGAAGAUCAACCAGUGAAUAAUCGUAAACAAUGUGAUAUUAGAGAAAAUGAAAAUGUUAAUAUUAUGAUUAAUAAAACGAUAAAAACUGAAAAUCCUAAUAUUAAUAAUAAUAAUAAUAUUGAUGGUAUGAAUAAUGUGAUUACUAAUAAUUCUAUAAGUAGUAGUUUAUUCAAAAAAGAUCAUGAUAUCAAUGAUUGUGUGGAUAUAAUGAGAGAGUCACAAUUGUUAUCAUUGAAUGAUAUGAUACAAAUUUCUGAGACAAAUUUAUCCGAUUGUUCCAAUCAAUUUUUACCAAUCAAUAGUAAUAAUAAUAAUAAUCAUAAUAAUACCGUUAUUAAUAAUAUAAAUAUUAGAAAUAAUGAUCUUAAUAGUAAUUAUCAUCAUCAAUCUACCAAUAUCCUAUCAUCAUAUGAUCAAAAGCAUAAUAUUUCAUCGGUUUCCUAUCAUCCUACAAGCAAUUUAAUGUUUACUGAAUCGAAUCCCACGAUGAAAUCUGUUCAUCAAAUUGAUCGUGCUAAUAAUCCUAAUAUGAUGAUGUCCAUGAUGAUGAUGAUGACAACGACAGCGGCGGCCGCGGCAGCUUCGGCGACAUCUUCUGUGUCAACAACGAAUACGGCAAUUAACAGUAGUAACAGUAGUGGUAAUAAUAAUAAUAAUAACAGUAGUAGUAGUAGUAUACAACUUGGACAUGGGAAAUUGAUGAAUGCUAGAAAUGAUUGUGUUGAAAUCAAUGAUACAUCAUUAUCAAUGAAUAAUCAUAUGAAUACUUUUCAACAACCAUCAUCUUCUGUAUCGUUAGGAGUAGGAGGCGUAGGCGGAGCAGGCGGAGGUGGAAAUGUUUGCAGCGGCGGUGUUCCAUCUUCAUCCGCUUCAUUUCAAAUGCAUUCACAUGCACAACAAAUUCAUGCUGGUGGACAUCAUCAUCAUCAACAACAACAGAUACUUUUAAAUUCAAAUCAACCAUCAUAUACUACUACUAUUACUACUGGUACUAGUAGUAAUAGUAGUAGUAGUACUAGUUCAACACGUAAACUACCAUCUCAACAAACUAGUAUAAAUGAUUAUUCUAAUUUAAAUGAAUUCGAUCGACGAUCUAUGCAUAAUGUUAUAAAUCAUGGAAUAACUAUACCAGGACAAAUGAAUACAAUCACUUAUCCUCCUCCUCCUAGUAGUCAUCAACAUCAACAUCCACAUUCUCAUAAUCAACAAAUAGAUAGUAAUUUGCAUAAAACUAAUAAAUCAUUAGGUAUAGAUUAUAAUGAUCGAUUGAUUGGAUCUCAAUCGUUAACACAAUCAUCAUCAUUAUCUCAACAACAGAUUCAAAUGAAUCCAACAGGUGUACCACCGUCUAUAGCGCCACCUCCUUCGAAUAAUAUUCCUAUGCUAUCGACACCAAUGAAUAACAAUGUUGUUACAGGUCAUGUGAUGACAUCAUCAGCGAAAACAACAACAACUAAACGUAAACGUGGAUCUGGACGUCGUGGUGGCGGUAGUGGUAGUGGUAAUAAUGUCACUGAUCGAAAUUCUGUACGUUCCACUAAUAAUGCAACUAGUACUCGUGGUGGUAUACAUCCAACUGGUCCAACGAAUGUUGUUGGCUAUGAACGAAUGAAUAGUAAUAAUAAUAAUAAUAAUGUAUACUCUUAUAAUGUUAUCAAUGCAGAACAACCAAUCAAUGAAUCCAAUCAUCAGUGGACCAGUAAACAAAAUGUUUAUAACAUGAAUGUACUUGAAAUGCAACAACAACAUCCACAACCACAGCAACAAUCGUCGUCAUCAUCCACUCGUGGACAUCAUCAUCAACAACAACAUUUAGCUAAUCUGAGCGGUUUCUUACGUAAUCGUGCUCAACAACACCAUCAACAACAACAACAACAGCAGCAGCAACAACAACAUCAUCACCCGGAACAAUCAUCGUAUGGAUCAACAAGUUUCAAUGAAACUAUCCCUGUUGUUUUACCGCCACAUCAAGGUCAUGUAUUUGACCAAUCACAAUUGAAUAAUCAAUUUAAUCAAUCCAAUACUCAUUUGAUUGAUAAUAAUACAUCAGGUUCAUUAAGACGACAUUUAACAAGUACAAAUAGUAAUAGUGGUGGUGGUAACCUGCCUCGAUCUAUGAUACAACAAUCUCAUCAAUUGUUGAAUCAUCCUACUACUACUACUGCAACUACCAGUGAAUCAUCUCAACAUAUGCCAUCGGGUAUGCCAAAUCCACCACCUUAUCCUAUCAAUAAUAAUAAUCAUCCAUCAUCUCAACAAUAUUCUCUACGUAUUCAUCCUUCUUCUUCUUCAUCGGCGGCGGAUGAAGUUGUUAAUCCUUAUAUGAUGAUGAUGAUGAUGAAUGUGAAUGAAUCGAAUGUUGAUGAACAAUUUAAAAGACAAUCAACCAAUACUGUCAUGAAUCAUCCAAUACAUCCAUCAGCAUCAGGAACACCAGCACCAGCACCAACUAUUAUGUCACGUUCAUCGACAGUUUAUCAUCCAUCUCAAGUCAACCAUCAUCAUCAUCAUCAUAUACCACCAACGGAUAUUCAAUCACAACAACAUCAACAACACCAACAACAGCAGCAUUUAUCUUAUAUACCUUCACAAAUGGAUACACAAUUAAAUCAAUCUAGAUUAAUGCAUUCACGUGUUAUGAAUCAAUCUCAACAGCAACAACAACACCUUCACCAACAACAAUCUCAAUCUGGUCAAAUGAUUAUUCGAUCAGAUCAAAUACCACCUCCAACAACAGCAACACCAAUAAUGAAUACUGGUAAUAACAAUAAUAAUAAUACUCAACAACCUCAUCUAGCCAAUAAUAAUAUACCACAUUCUUCACAUUCACGUUAUACUCCUGGUGGUUAUUAA